AUGUGCCAGAAAGCUAUAGAGUUUAACUCACUCUUCAGCUUGGUGCUAGAAAGCUACAGAAGUUGCAUAUAUAAAAGAAUAACUGUUCACUAUGUUGAUUUGCAAAGGGCUCAUAACCUGAUGGAGGACUUGAAGAGACGGACUAUUGAUGAUCCUGGCCGGCAAACUGGAUCUGGGAAAUCCGCAAAGGGACUAGCGCAGAAGUCUGGAAUUCAGCCACACUUACCCCACAAUGAGCUCGUGGGCCAAUCACAUGCUCGGCAGCUGAGUGUGGGGAAGCAGGGCCGCGUACAGGGCAUGUACGAAGUAAUGAAGUACUGUAAAAUAACACUCCGAUACCAGCCUGUCUUCUCGCAGCGACUUCAAAACGAGCUUGUGUUCCAUGACUUUUCGUUCCCCUUGUGUAACUACCGUACACCUGUAUUGCCCACGGAAGCUCCUCCGGCCGGCCAACCCACCGUCUCCACGCCAUCCAUCGAUCUCACCUCGUCCCCUCCACCACCCAUCAUCCUCCCUCAGCAGCCAGCUUGUGCUCGCGUCCCUCCAAUUCCACGCUAUUCCUAG